GUAGGUAUCUCGCCGGGCUGGAGGAAGGAUAUGUGCGGCUCGCGGCUCCUGCCUCUUUAAACCGCUACCGUCUCCGGAGUGUACGCAAUUCUAGUCGUGUUAGAGAGUCAUUAUGGUCUGUGUGAGAGGGCACAGAUAGAUAGGCCUGCUGGAAGUAAGAGCACAUCGAGUGUAGGCCUAUUCUGCGCCCAUGUUGACAGCGAUGGUUGCUGGGCCGGGGCCGACGUACUAUAUGGACGGGUCCACGCACACCCAAUCCGUCGAUGUCAUGCACCAAGCACAGCUGGUGCCCUCAGCUGGUGGCGCGGUCGUGGUGGCACAGCAGGCUUCGCCGCAGCAGUCGCAGCAGCAGCAGGCCAACGGCGGGGGCGCUGGCAGCAACAGCAGUAACAGCAGCAGUCCCUCCACCAACAACAGCUCUGCGAAUGAUGUUGGAGGAGGAGGGGGAGGCGGGGGGGGGGAGGGGGGCGGCGGUGGCGGUGGAGGGCAACACCAUCACACCAGUAUACGCCGCCGCCGGCCAUGGCCCAGGGCCCGCCGCCCCUACUGCCCCCCGAGUUCUAUGGGGGGCGAUGCGUACUACCCCGGUCCCCCCGCCCGAGUACUGCCCAUCGCACUUGUGUGCUGUCCACGGCGUAACAGGUAAGGAUCCAGACGAAGCUGCCCCGGGCGCAGGACCCAACCUAGGCCUCCACGGCCCUCGGUGUCCUUUCGCCGCCGGGAGGGCGACUUCGCUACGAAGCCUCGCCUACUCUUCCCCCUCUCCCUACGCCCUU